AUGUCUUCUGUUAGGUGUAUUCGCCUCUUUGAUUCUGGCAUUUGGUCGACUGACGCACAGGAACUCUCGUCCUUGAUACAUAAACUAGAAUACAUUGACAUAUAUUCCAAUAGCUGGGGGCCUGGGAACUUAGGCUGGGAAGUAAAAGGUCCAGGACCGCUGGCCAGUAAAGCUUUAGAACUUGGAACAACAACGGGUCGUGGUGGCCUGGGUGCCAUCUACACGUUUGCGGCUGGUAAUGGAGGCCUAGAGGGAGACAGUUGUGCAUACAAUGGUUAUGUAAAUAGUAUAUACACCAUCGCUAUUACCGGUGUGAAUCAUGAUGGAUCCCUGCCCACCUACGCUGAAGAGUGCCCCGGAAUAAUGGCCACCGCUUAUAGUUUGGAUUCAUACAAAAACAAAAACUUCAGGGAUUCAGACAAACACAUUAUUACGACUGCCGAUAACAAGAAAGGAUGUGUUCAUAAUUUCUCGGAAUCGUCAGCGGCUACAGCAAUCGCAUCAGGAUUGACUGCACUCACCCUGCAAGCAAAGUAA